AUGCUAAUCAACAAGCAUUUAGUAAACGGAAUUCGAGGUGACACCAAAGAGAUUAGAACGGCAACAACCAAUACCUUCGAGAUUGUCACCGAUCUUCAUUCAAGCAAGGAAAAGCAGAAUUAUCAAAGAAUUAUGGAAUGGCUCACGCCAAUUGAUUACGCUGUUCAGCAGAGUGAUCUUGUCAGUCGUUGUCAAAAGGGAACCGGAACAUGGUUUUUAGAGACGGAUGAAUUUCAACGGUGGGUGAAAACCCCAACCGAAGACCAUAACCAUACCCUCUUCUGUCCUGGUCACUUCCAGAAUGACCCGGGUGUUGGCAUUGCGUAUAUUUUCUGCAACUUUCGACAGCAAGAGCAGCAAGCGACACACAACCUAAUCGCAAGUUUGUUGAGGCAGUUAGCGAAAAAUCAAUUUUUUGAGCCGACGGAAAAGCUUUAUAGUCGUCUCGAGAGCGGAAAUAAGCGUCCGUCAUUUGAAGAUCUUCUUACGACAUUGCAUGAUACCAUCGCCAUGCACUCAAGAGUGAUUAUUCUCGUGGAUGCUUUGGACGAAUAUCAGGCGAAUGAAGAUCGUGGGCGUUUCCUAAAAGACCUGUUUCGCCUCCAAUCCCACACUGGAACCAGCUGCAGUAUCUUUGCGACUUCGCGAUCCAACCAUCUGAUUGAAGACUUCUUCGAGAAGGCCUCCAGGCGGAUAAUCCGUGCAGAAGAGGCAGACGUACGGAAGUACCUUGAAAUGAGAAUAAAAAGUUUUCAAUCAAAGGUGUUUAAUGACAUCUCUCUUGAGGAAGAGGUUAAAGACAAGAUUACAGGCGUCAUCGAUGGAAUGUUCCUCCUUGCAAAACUCUACAUUGAUACUCUUGCCUCAGAAACAACUCCUAAGGGUAUAAGACGUGCAUUGGCAGAAUGGGAGCAAAUUGCCAAUCAUUCCAAAGACCCGAGCAAACAAAAAACAACAUUACUUGACCAUGCAUAUGAAGUUGCACUACAAAGAAUCCAACACCAGAAAGUGCAACAUUUCAUCCUUGCUAAAAAAGUCCUGUCGUGGGUGAUCCAUGCGAAGAGAAACUUGACACCAUCGGAGCUCCAGCAUGCCGUUGCUAUUGAGAUAGGUCUGCCAGAGUUUGAUAAAGAGAACAUUGCAGAUAUAGGACUCUCAGUUUCGGUAUGUGGCGGGUUGGUUAUCAUUGACCAGGAGAGCCAUGUUAUACGCCUGGUCCAUUACACCACACAAGAAUUUUUGGAGCGUACCUGGAAAGACCGUUUUCCAAAAUCACAGGCUGUAGUAGCAAAGGCCUGUAUCUCAUAUCUCUCCUUGAAGGUUUUUGACUCCGGUCCAUGUCCCACGGGGCUCUUGUUCAAAAAGCGACUGAAUACUUACACUCUCUAUGAAUAUGCCGCUCUACACUGGGGACACCAUGCCAAAGAGGCUUUGAUUGAGACCCAAAAGCCAGCUUGGAACCUCCUUCAGAAAAAGGAGCUGAUAGCGGCGUAUUCACAAGCUAUACUCUUCUCUACUGCUAUGUAUAGUGAAUUCCGCUCGGUGUCUGAAAUGACGAACUUGCACAUUGCAGCUUUCUUUGGGCUUUCAAAUUGUAUGCCAGCUCUGCUGAACUGCAAACGCCACCCUUAUCUAGAGCGGGAGGAUAAUAGGUUGGGGAGAACACCGCUGUUCUGGGCGGUUGAGCAUGGCUGGUGUGAGGUUGCAGAAAGUUUGAUAGAAGGCGGGGCGGAUAUCGAGUUCUGUUCACCUCACACCGGAAUAAAUCCCCUACGUAUAGCCAUUUUCAACGGAAACGAGGCAAUCGCAAAGCUAUUACUCGAUAGAGGAGCCAAGGUUUAUCUUACUUCAAACCUAACCUGUGAGGCCAUUGAUUUUGCCGCUGACCAGGGAAAUACAGGCGUACUGAAAGUAUUGCUUGAUAGAGAGGCGGGCAUCGUGGAUUCUGAGGCUAUGAUUCGUUCUGCUGCGGGUGGGCAUGAAGAAACUAUGAGGCUAUUCAUCGAUCGAGGGGCUGGCAAUAAGACAAUUGCCGAGGCUAUCAGCCAUGCUGCUCGAGAAGGGCAUGGAAGGCUGGUAAGGCUGGGGCUCGAUCGAUGUGUAGGCCUCGAGAAAGGUGACUGGAGAAUGAAAUCGGCUUUAGAAUAUGCCGCUCGGUAUGGACACGAAGACAUUGUCAGACUGCUCCUUAAUCGUGGAGCUGCUACUGAGCCGCGGCGUCCUUGGAGAACUCCCAUCAUGGCUGCCGCCGAGAAUGGACACAAUAAAGUGGUGGAACUACUACUCGAUCACAAAGCCGAUAUCAAUCUUCAUUCUGAUUACGGGAAUGCACUUUUGUGCGCGGUUCGUGGGGGACAUGAAGAAACGGUUAAAUUGCUACUCGAUCACGGGGCUAUACCGGGGCCCAACGAAGCCCUUCGAAAUGCUGUAGCUGUUUACAGUGAAGUUGAGCAACUUUUGGCUUCUGAGACUGCCCGCGACCCGCCAAUCAGAGUUAAGGUACCGGUUUUUGAUAGGAAGAGCUGCACCCCGUUGCUAUGGGCCGUUUCUUAUAAAAUGCCGGGAAUUCUGAAGCUUCUCAUCGACAGAGGCGCUGAAAUCGAGUCGAGAGAUAGAUCUGGCCAAACCCCUCUAGCAAUCGCCUCUCAAUUGGGGGUUGAAGAGAUGGUGAGAUUCCUUCUUGAAAAAGGCGCGAAGGUUGACAAAAAGACAUUCAAAGGCCUCACGCCACUUAUUAUAGCAGCUGAGAUGGGACAUGUCAAUGUGGUCCAGGCUCUCCUAGAUCACGGAGCCAAAGUUGAGAGAAAGGGUCAUCUUGGCCUGACGGCACUGACAGCGGCCAUUCGAGGAGGGCAUGAGGAGGUAGUGAAACUGCUUCUUUAUAACCAUGCAAGUGUGACUCACAGAGGCUUUCAAGACAAGACGCCAUUUCUACUGGCACUCGAGAAUGGCAAAGAGGAGAUUUUGCAACUUUUACGAGAUAGUCCAACUCAAAGGUCUUCGAACUUAGUGGAAGACAUCUCUGAGUUAGAGGAAGAACCUUCGGAAGAGGGUUAUUUCGCAUGGAAGGAAACUCAAAAAUUAUGGGAGAUGCGUGUACAAGAGGCGAGGAGAAAAGUCCUUCAGGACCAGGCUUCAUAA